AUGCCGGAUCCUAACAGUUUCGAGUCCAUGGAACAUAAGAUUCUGGGUCGUAACAAGAUCAAAGGUAUUAAGAUGAUCAGUCCAAAUAUCUUAUUACAAGUUCUUCAGGCAGUUUGCGUGCUUUCGCAGCAGGUUGCUGGAAUUCAUCGACCGCAUAUAUCUACCAGGCCUCUCGUCCAAGAUAUUUUCCGAUCAAGUCUGCAAGAAAAGACAGGUCGACAGGAAAAACCGUUGCCUAAUUGGAGAAGUUUUUGCGUGGUACUACAACUGAGAAGAUCGCUGGAGUGGUCUUGCUAUUGUCACCUCGUUCAUAGCAAAGAUGAUUCACUUAAUCGACUCAAUGGCUUCUCACUCGUCGAACCCCUUUGUAUGGCACCAAACCUCACAAACCAUUCUCUUGCGUCUCUCGGCCCCAAAACUCCCCUUAUGAACGGAACUAAUGGAUUUACCGGAAUCUCUCUUCAUCAAAACCUGAACUCAGAUGGAUUAAUAUAUAAGUUUGAUAAAAUCAAACAUCAAUCAAUUCGUGAGGAUCACGAAGAAUCAUCUCGCCUAGAUGGAUUUGUUCAACAAGAAUGUUAUCCUCAUGAAAGCGAUAUUAACAAUGAAUCAUUUUGCAUUUACCUCAACUCAAGAUUUGCUCAAGGGAGGGGCGUAGUUUUCUUGUCUAGACCUUCAGUUUUCAUGGAAGCUCUUAAAUCAAUUACAAUCUUUAAACCUAAUUCAAAAGUAUUAACAGAUGAAAAACGAAAUUUAAGAAAAUUCGAAGUUAUAGAUAUGCCAGAGAAAGGUGGAAAAGGUAUGAUUGCAAAAUCAAGAUAUAAUUUAGGUGAUUUGGUUAUAACAGACCAUUCAAUCAUUGCCAUAUCAGUCGAAUCAUUAGUUUGGGAUAGAAAAGAUUGGGGUAUGAUUAGAAAAAAGAUGGUAGACUAUUUACCAAUUCAAACUAGAGCUGCUUUUGCUACAAUGCACGCGAUAGGUGAAACGGAAGAAAUUUGGAUCGAAUCUGCGAUCAGUAGAAAUGGAUUUGAAUUUUCGAUUGGAGAAGAUGAAGUCCCAUUCUUUGCUGUGAUCCCAGAACCUGCGAGAUUAAAUCAUGAUUGUCGUGCUAAUGCAGCCUUUCACUUUGAUGAAUCGACGCUUCAAGUUUACAUGUAUGCAAUCCGAGAUAUUGCACCCGGUGAAGAAGUCACAAUUUCUUAUCGGGAUAUGAAACUGUCACGCGAAGAAAGAAGAAUAGAAUUGAAACAUUACGGAUUUGAAUGUCAAUGUUCACUUUGUUCUUUACCAUCACAUGCUGUUGAAGUCUCAGAUUCUCGAAUACGGCAAAUUGAUGAGCUCACUGCACACUUGAUUGACUGGUCACCUACAUCCAAAGCUACUCCUACUAUGGCUGAACAUGUCUUGGAGCUCUACAAACUGGAACGGCUAGAUACAGGUCUAGAAGAAGCUUACACAAUGGUUUCAUUGGCAUAUAACGCUGUGGGUGACUCACAGAGGGCAAGUAUGUAUGCAUCUUUAGCUAUAGCUCGUGGAAUCAUCCUCAACGGUCCAAAGUGGGAAGAAUACGAUGCAGUACUUGAAUUGGAGCAAUCACCAGAGACACAUUGGUCUUAUAGGCGCCGGGAAACAUAG